GGAAGGGCAGACGGUCAUGGCGGCGGUAGCGGCUGCUCAGACUCAGACGGUGAUCGGCAGCAUCAAGACGGAGGAGAUGGAGACCGAGGAGGAGGAGGCGGCUUUCCGCAACGGCAUGAAAGUAUCCGCCGGCGGUGGCGGCGGCCUGUUGGUCGAAGUGAAGCGAGAGCCCGGCCUCGACGAAUCUCCCCCUCCUCCGCCGCCGCCGUCGUCGUCGUCCCGGCAGCAGCGCCGAGGCUCGGAGCCUCCGGAGCGAUCGCCACCCGGCGGCGCCGGCCGGCACUGCAGCGGCGGCGCGGGCGCGGGCGCGGGGCAGUCCUCCAGCGCCAACAAUCCCCCCGGCGGCCGCGAGCAAGAGGUGACCGUGGAGAUCGGAGCCACCUACCUGUGCAGGAGGGCGGACAACAGCUGGCACUCGGCGGAGGUGAUCCAGUCUCGCCUGAACGAGCAGGAAGCCCGCGAGGAGUUUUACGUUCAUUACGUGGGCUUCAACCGCCGGCUGGACGAAUGGGUGGACAAGAACCGCCUGGCGCUGACCAAGACGCUGAAGGAGGCGGUGCAGAAGACCAGCGACCAGUACAUGAGCGAGCUGUCCGACCAGCCCGAGCGCAAGAUCACCCGCAACCAGAAACGCAAGCACGACGAGAUCAACCACAUCCAGAAGACCUAUGCCGAGAUGGAUCCCACAACAGCAGCGCUGGAGAAGGAACACGAGGCGAUCACCAAGGUGAAGUACGUGGAUAAGAUCCAGAUUGGGAAUUACGAGAUCGAUGCCUGGUAUUUCUCGCCAUUCCCCGAGGAUUAUGGGAAGCAGCCGAAGCUCUGGGUGUGCGAGUAUUGUCUCAAGUACAUGAAGUUCGAGAGGACGUACCGUUUCCACUUGUCACAGUGCCAAUGGCGACAGCCACCCGGGAAAGAGAUCUAUCGCAAAACCAACAUCUCUGUGUAUGAGGUGGACGGGCGAGACCACAAGAUAUACUGCCAGAACCUGUGCCUGCUGGCCAAGCUGUUCCUCGACCACAAGACCCUCUACUUUGACGUGGAACCUUUUGUUUUCUACAUCCUGACCGAGGUGGACCGACACGGGGCGCACAUCGUGGGCUACUUCUCCAAGGAGAAGGAGUCUCCCGAUGGGAAUAACGUCGCCUGUAUUUUAACCCUCCCUCCGUAUCAGCGCAGGGGCUACGGAAAAUUCCUCAUUGCGUUCAGCUAUGAGCUGUCCAAGUUGGAGAGCACUGUCGGCUCUCCGGAAAAGCCCCUUUCCGACCUCGGCAAGCUCAGCUACCGCAGCUACUGGUCCUGGGUCCUGCUGGAGAUCCUGCGGGAUUUCCGGGGCACACUCUCCAUCAAAGAUCUCAGUCAGAUGACCAGCAUUACCCAGAAUGACAUCAUCAGCACGCUACAGUCCCUCAACAUGGUGAAAUACUGGAAGGGCCAGCAUGUGAUCUGUGUCACCCCCAAACUGGUGGAGGAACAUCUCAAAAGUGCCCAGUAUAAGAAGCCUCCGAUUACAGUUGACUCGAUCUGUCUGAAAUGGGCCCCACCCAAACACAAGCAGCUCAAGCUCUCCAAGAAAUGAUUGGUGUGAGUUGGCUGGCAGGAGGAGGAGAAGGAGGAGGAGGAAUACUCUGAGAUGGAGACCGAGCGGGGACAGUCAAUCACAUUUCCAACUGGGGCUCAUCCGCACCACGCGGGCCAGGGGGGCGGCCAGGAGAACGGACAUGGCAGAGACACAGCCCCCGCCCCCCUCCCAAUCAUCGCUGCCAUUCCCCACCCCUGUGAACAGCAGUGUGGGGAACCGGGAUCAACACUGGCUCACUCAAACCUGUGUGGGUGGGUGAGAGAGGGUGUGACGGUGUCUGUGUGAGACUGAGUGUGCAAGGGUGCCUCUGAGAGAGACUGGGAGAGAGUGUGCGAGGUUGUCUGGGAGUGAGUGUGCGAGGAUGCCUGUGAGCGAGACGGGGAGUGAGUGUGCGAGGGUCCCUGUGUGCGAGAGACUGGGAGCGAGUGUGUGAGGGUCCCUGUGUGCGAGAGACUGGGAGCGAGUGUGUGAGGGUCCCUGUGUGCGAGAGACUGGGAGCGAGUGUGUGAGGGUCCCUGUGUGCGAGAGACUGGGAGCGAGUGUGUGAGGGUGUCUGUGAGAGACUGGGAGCGAGUGUGCGAGGGUGUCUGAGAGACUGGGAGCGAGUGUGUGAGGGUGCCUGUGUGCGAGAGACUGGGAGCGAGUGUGUGAGGGUGCCUGUGUGCGAGAGACUGGGAGCGAGUGUGCGAGGGAGUCAGAGAGAGACUGGGAGCGAGUGUGUGAGGGUGCCUGAGAGAGAGACUGGGAGCGAGGGUGCGAGUGUGCGAGGGUGCCUGUGUGCGAGAGACUGGGAGCGAGUGUGCGAGGGAGUCUGAGAGAGAGACUGGGAGCGAGUGUGUGAGGGUCCCUGUGUGCGAGAGACUGGGAGCGAGUGUGUGAGGGUCCCUGUGUGCGAGAGACUGGGAGCGAGUGUGCGAGGGAGUCUGAGAGGGAGACUGGGAGCGAGUGUGCGAGAGACUGGGAGCGAGUGUGCGAGGGAGUCUGAGAGGGAGACUGGGAGCGAGUGAGAGAGAGACUGUGUGCAAGGGUGCCUGUGAGAGAGACUGGGAGCGAGUGAGAGAGAGACUGGGUGCGAGGGUACCUGUGAGAAAAACUGGGAGUGAGUGUGUGAGGGUGCCUGUGAGAGACUGGGAGCGAGUGUGUGAGGGUGCCUGUGAGAGAGACUGGGAGCGAGUGUGUGAGGGAGUGAGUGUGCGAGGGUACCUGUGAGAGACAAGGAGGGAGUGUGUGAGGGUGAGGCCGGGAGAGGGACGGGGAGCGAGGGUGAGGCCGGGAGAGGGUACGUGUGUGUGUGUGUGUGUGUCAGACAGGAGUAGGUGUGUGAGUCAGUGUCAGUGUAGCAUUGAGCACCUUUCACAGUGUGUACAUCUGCCAACACCUGAAGGACCCAGCUCGGGACAUCAAAGGGCCAGGCUAGAAAACACCAGAGAGGCUUGGAUCGUGGUUUCUGGUCACUUUAUCAGCAAUGGCUCUCAGCUUGAGCGUCCGGGCACCCAGCUACACAUUCUCAUUUCGGCGGUUCUGUUGUUAUUGUUUAAUGUUAGAAUAAAUGCUUUGUCUUUUCAUA